UUUGUGAUGAUGGCCUGUAUUCAAUACCUGGCUUAGGAACUGAGUCCUUUCUGGUUUGACAUUUGUGAGACAUUUUGCCUCUUAUUGACCCUUUUCCCUUCCAUGGACAGCUUUCCAUUUCCUGCUUUCUUUCUGUGGAGGGCAUACAGGGCCUUGAGGCCUUUGUAUGUGGAUGGUUAGCUGGGAAACUGAGACUCUAGAGAAUGUGGCCAGACAGAAGUGUGAGUUGUACCCAGUUUGCAUGGCAAAACUUUCCUUUCUUUGUGCUACUUUUGCCAUUUAUAAAACCACUUUCCGUUUCUUUGGAAAUACCUAGUGUGUCAAUGGUUAAGUCAUAAUCUUAAUUAAGGCUUACUGGGGAAAAAAAAAAGAAGUCUUAAAAGCCAGAGGUAUCAUCUGUUUGACCUGGCUAGAGUGUGGUAAUCAGAGAUUUAAAAGGAUUUAUUUAAAAGAGCUCUAUGGUUAAAAGUCAGGUUAAUUAAAAGCUGGUAGGUAAGCUAUACAUAUAUUUAAAAGGCCUUUAUAAGCUUUUUUGUCUCCUUGGAUCUUGAUUUUUUGAGGAAAAGUUUCUUUUUUUCCUCAGUCGACUGAAUUGUUUCUCCAUUUGCUUCUGUCUGUCAUCUUACUACCCUUGAUGCCCACAUGAGAUGACCUAAGGCAAUUUCUAGCAGCCUGGGUCUCCUUGGGAAAAACAGAGGUACCACAAUUUUGGAAGAAACCUCUGUUUUCCUCAUGGAACCGCAAGAAUUGCAAGCAGAGCGAUCCCUCUCAGAAUCAAAGUUGCUGCUCUGUUUUAUGUAGUGUUACCUGACUUUUUUUUACUUUUGGGGACAUCAGAAAUUACUUGACAUUGUGAGAGAACUUUUAGCCUUGGUGUGUAAUAGCUAGGUAGGAGAUAUACUUUUAGGGAUGGCUAAUGGCAGUUAUAUAGGGGAUAUUCAGGUUUUCGCAUGUUUAGAUAAGAAAAGCAUGCUUUUGACCACCUGGAAGGUAUGGAAACAUCCUACCUCUCACUGAGAAGUAAGACUCCUGUGGGAAGAAUGGGCUGAUUGGCUUUGGGCUGGCCACCAGCCUUGGAAAAAUGUCCUUGCAGUGAAAUUCACUAUUUUGUUCUGUAGUGUUUCUGUCUUUUGGGGACCCAGGAUUUGGUGUAAAAAUGGGAUCCUUGAUUUUUAUCUGGAUCUUUCCAUGUGGGGCAGGUAUUGCUGAUGAUUCACAAAACUUCAGUCCACUGUAUCUUGUUACCUUCCAAAAUGCCCUUUCACACCUUUUUGCUCUCAAUAAUUUCUCUCUCCUUUUGCUGUGUUCUCAUAGAAUCCUCUUCCUGUCUUACUACAUUGUAUUGUAAGCAAUUACAAUUGCAGUACCAUUACAAUACUGGUCCAUUUACUCUCCUAGUGGACUGGCUGCUUAUUGAUGACAGGGACUGUGUGCUUUUCCCCCAUUGUUGGUGGUCCAGUGCCCCACACAUGUAGUUUGUUGUUCAAUAAAUGUUCAUUGAAUACACCAAAUAGACUGGUGAAAAAAGCAUUGAGUUGGAAAUUGUCUGGGUGCCAGAUACAUCAGUAACCGGGUAGUUGAGUGAUGUUUGUUGUUUGGACCCUGUUUUCCUUAUACGUAAAUUGUUCAAAGAUGGUUUGUUUAAAUACAUCUAGUGUGAAUUCUAAGUUUUAUGUGAACCUGGGUUGAAAUGGCAAGUUUACAUCUUCUUUUGGAGUAUAAAUUAUAUGAGCAUCCCUAAGAAGUCUGUCUCAACAUAUCUUGCUGUCACUAAAACAUGUAAACAGUCAAGAAACAAAUGAAUAGGAAGGUCAUUGGGAUAUAAUAUCCUCUUUUUUAUUUUCUCUUUUCUAACUUAUUUAGGAAGAUAACUGAAACCAUUUGGGGUGGUCUGAGUCCCAAGUAUAUAUGCAGAUAUGCCUUUUAAUAGUAAACAAUGUAUGCUUUGUUUCGCUCUGUCAGCAGUAGAGCUAGUUUAAUGAAACAUAAAUGUCAACUCUUGAGGUUGACACAGUACUCAAAGUUUGAAUUUAUAAAUUGCGGUAUGUUUGUAUUUAAGUUUUUAGAGUUUUAUUUUCAGUAUUAAUAAAGCAAGACAAAAUACUGUUAUUUGGUACAUUUUAUUUCUUGGAGAAUUGUUUAAUUUUUCUUGGUAAGAAUUUUUGUAACCUUCCAAGAAACUAUUACUAACAAAAAUUGUAAGGAUCAUUCUUUUAGAGACUAAAGGCAGAUAAGUUUUUCUUGCUCUUCAUGGCCUUAGGUUAAUAAAUGUGGAAAGAUUGAAACCUAAGUUACCCCAAUGUUUCACCCUUCUUGGGUGCUUAUGAGCUGUUUUUUAAAUGGCUUUCCCCAGUUCCAGUUAUCAAGAGAAUCAGUGCCUAGAGGCAUUGAAUCCAGACAGAAACCAUCUCUUUGGUUAGUUAUUGUUUUGAAGCAUUAAUAAAACCAUUAAGGCUACUUGAAUCAAUGACCCAUAUGGUUGUGUGUUUGAGACCUCAGCCAUGAUAGACUUGGUAUUUUCAUUGCGUCUCUGCUCAUUUGACCAGUUUUCUAUUGUGAAAUUUAUGUUUAAGAUUAUGGAUAAAUUUAUUUAAGCAUUCUCCUUUAAUUAAAAAUUAUGAAGAAUAUUCAGGAUAUUUGAUUUUUGAACAUUUCAAAGUUCUGCUUUUGUAUAAACUUAUACAGUGACACUAAAUUGGUUGGUGAAGACAGGUUAUUAGAAUGGUUUGUUUUUGAAUUUUAAAUGAUUGUGUUUCUUAGUUAAUGAACUGGGUACUUUAUACAUUAAUACAUUAAUCCCUGGCAUGUACACUGUAAUUGUCAAUUGCAUAGUAAUAUCUUAAAAGUUGAUUUUAAGUUCAACAUUAAUAAUAUGUUAAAUUGAUAAUACAUAUAAUUCUCUAAAAUGAUUGCUAUUUUGAAAGUAUAUUCUGAGGAUUCGUUUUUAAAUUUACAUGAAAAGGAGCAACUGGUGAAAUAUUUUCCACAUAAUUUAAAAAUUAUCUCUCCAAAAGCUUAUGUAGAUUAGAUUCCUGUAUUGGUAUAAAAGUUACUUUUUUUUUUCCAGUAGCACAUGUUUAGUCACCUAAGAGCAGAUACAUUGUAGGAUAGAUCUGUUGACUUAUAUAGAAGAAUAUAAUAAUAUAUUUAUUUAGCAUAGUAUUCAGGUGAUGUUUUGGGAAGUUAUUUUCACCCUCAUUUAAGAAGAGGGAAAUGGCAUAGUAAAGAGAUAGAGUGAGGUUACAUUUUUGUAUUGAACAUUAUUUUAGUCAAACAUUAACACUGAGAAUGUACUAUGAUGUUUGCCUUUCUUAGGGUAAGUCUCUUUAAUUUCUUCUUUGCUUAUAUGUUUGAUCAGUCUGUGAGUUCUUCAACAAUGUCUCUAAAAUAUAUUUCUCUUCUGGGUACCGAAGAUACCACUGUAAUUUAAAGUUUCAUAAUUUCUUGUCUGGAUUAUUACAGAAAGCUAGUUGGUAUUUCCUAAUUCUAGUCAAUCCAGCUCACUGAUUUUUGCUUGUUUGUUUUUGCCUUAACAUAAUUUACAUCUUUAAAGGUAGAUCUGUCAGCAGUAUCUCAUCAUGUUUGGUGAUUUGGAGGAAGGGGAGAGUUGGGCAAGUUGCCCUCUUCCCCAGUUUAUAUGCUGCCUCAUAUGUAUCUUCCAGGUCAGUCUUUCUGAAAUACCAUUUAACAGCUAUGACUAGUAGUUGUGACUGAGACAUAAUUUUUGCUGUUAAGGAGCAGAAAUCAUAUACUCUUAAUAAAUUAUUAUAUAUGUUUGUGAGAGAUUUUACUGAAUUAUGACCUUGAAGAUUCUGUGUAAUGCUGUCAGUUCUUUCAAAGCUAGUUCGAUGGAUGUUCCCAUUGUUUACAUGACUACAAAAUGAUCUCUUGCUUUUAAAUCUGUAAUCUCAGAUAGACCAACCUUCUGGCAUACUUACUAAUGUAUUUCUUGGUCUUGUUCUGCCUGAAAGAGUUCUUUAUAAUGGCAUUCAUUGUAUGGAGAUUGUAGAACUUCUGUCACAGACUCACAGAAAAUAGGAUAGUAAAUUCAAAUGAUAGGAAAUGUGAAAGAAAAGGGUAAAAAAUGCAACCUUUGAUGUUAGGUCAGUAGAAAAAUGAACUGAACUUUAACCUAGUUGAUAGAGGUUAAGACAUUAAAAUAUCCACAAAUAAAACCAUAAUUGAGUCAGGUUUGGUAGACAUUUUAAAAACAGUUGGGUAACAUGAUACCUCUAGUUUUGUUCCUUUUAUCCCUGUUUGCAGAUGACAUGAUUCCAUAUCUAGAAAACCCCAUAGUCUCUGCCCAAAAGCUCCUUAAUCUGACACACAACUUGAGCAAAGUUUCAGAACACAAAAUCAAUGUAUAAAAAUCAGUAGCAUUCCUAUACAUCAACACCAAGUUGAGAGCCAGGUCAAGAAUGCAAUCUGACUCACAAUAGCCACAAAAAGAGUAAAAUUCCUAGGAUUACAGCUAACUAAGGAGGUGAAAGACCUGUAUAACCGGAAUUACAAAAUAUCACUCAAAGAAAUCAGAGAUAGCUUAAACAAAUGGAAAAGCAUUCCAUGCUCAUGGAUAGGAAUAAUUAAUAUUGUCCAAAUGGCCAUACUGCCCAAAGCAAUGUACAGAUUCAAUGCUAUUCCUAUCAAAAUUACCAAUGACAUUCUUCACAGAAUUAGAAAAAACUAUUUUAAAAUUCAUAUAGAACCAAAAAAGCUUAAAUAGCUAUGGCAGUCUUAAGCAAAAAAAAAAAAAAGAACAAAGCUGGAGGCAUCACAUUACUCGACUUCAAAUUAUACCACAAGGCUAUAGUAACCAAAACGUCGUGGUAGUGGUACAGAAAUAGACAUAUAGGCCAAUGGAGCAGCAUAGGGAACUCAGAAAUAAUGCCACACAUGUACAACUAUGUAUGUGAUCUUUGACAAAAUCAACAAAAACAAGCAAUGGGGAAAGAUUUCCUGCUCAGUAAAUCGUACUGGGAUAACUGGCAAGCCAUAUGCAGAAGAUUAAAGCUGGACUCCUUCCUUACACCAUGUACAAAAAUCAACUUAAGAUGGAUUAAAAACUUAAACCUAAAAUCAAAAACCAAUAAGAACCCUGGAAGAUAACCUAGGAAAUACUAUCCUGGACAUAGGACCUGGGAAAGACUUCCUGACAAAGAUGCCAAAAGCAAUUGCAACAAUAACAAAAAUUGGCAGAUGGGACCUAAUUAUACUCUUUUAAAGAGCUUCUGCACAGUAAAAGAAACUAUCAACAAAGUAAACAGACAACCUGCAGAAUGGGAGAAAAUAUUUGCAAACUGUGGAUCUGGCAAAGGUGUAAUAUUCUGAAUGUAUAAAGAACUUAAACAGAUUUACAAGCAAAAACCAGACAACCCAAUCAAAAAGUGGGCAAAGGACAUGAACAGACACGUUUCAAAAAAAGUGGGCAAGGGACACAAACAGACACCUUUCAAACGGAGACAUUUAUGUGUCCAACAAGCAUAUGAAAAAAUGCUAAACAUCACUAAUCAUUAGAGAAAUGUAAAUCAAAACCACAGUGAGAUACCAUCUCACACCAGUCAAAAUGGCUGUUAAUAAAAAGUAAAAAGUAACAGAUGCUGAUGAGGUUAUGGAGAUAAGGAAUCACUUAUGCUCUGCUGGUAAGAAUGUUAAUUAGUUCAGCCAUUGUGCAAAGCAGUUUGGUGACUUCUCAAAUAACUUAAAACAGAUUACCAUUUGACCCAGCAAUCCCAUUACUGGAUAUACAUUGAAAGGACUAUAAAUCAUUCUACUGUAAACACACAUGCAUGUGUAUGUUCAUUGCAGCACUAUUCACAAUAGCGAAGACAUGGAAUCAACCUAAAUGCCCAUCAGUGGUAGACUGGAUAAAGAAAAUGUGGUAUUAAAUACAUAUAUACCAUGGAAUACUAUCCAGCCAUUCAAAGAAUGGGAUCAUGUCCUUUGAAGCAACAUCGAUGGAGUUUGAGGCCUUUAUCCUAAGCAAACUUAUGCAGAAACAGAAAACCAAAUACCGCAUGUUUUCAUUUAUAAAUGAGAGCUAAACACUGAGUACACAUUAACACAAAGAAGGGAACAACAUACACUAGGGCCUACUUGAGGAUGGAAGGUAGGAGGAGGGUGAUGAUUGAAAAACUACCUAUCAGGUACUAUGCUCAUUACCUAGGUGAUGAAAUAAUUUGUACCCCAGACCACUGUGACAUGCAAUUUACCUAUAUAACAACCUGCACAUGUACCCCUGAAUCUAAAAUAAAAGUUAAAUAAAUAAAUAAAAUGGUCCUGUUUAAGAACCAUUUUUAAUUUCUUUUUUGAGCACUGUCUGUACAUAUUUUUUCUUUUUUAAAUUAGGCAAUUGAUCUUUUACUAAUUAAUUUAUAAUCUCUAUAAUAUCCAAUAAGUAAAUUAGCUCUUUGUGAGGAGUUAUACUUUUCCCUAGUUAAUCUUUUUACAUUGUUUAUAUUAUAGUUUCUUCAUGCAGAAAUUUUAUUUUUUUCAACUUGUUUUGGUCUUUUAUCAUUUAGGAGACUGCUGUCUCUUUUUGAAAGUCUUUAUUCUUGACAUCAUAAGAAAAAUUGUGUCUUCUAGUAGUGAUAAUAACAAUGACAAUAAAAACAAAUAGUACUAACAUAACUCUGUACCAGGCACAAUUUCUAAUCACAGCUUGAUGAAGUAGAUGGAAUUUCUAACUCCAUUUUAUAGAAGGGGAACUAGACUUGCAGAAUGUUUGAUUAUAUAACAUGUCCAAAGUUAUAUAGCUAGUAGGUGAUGGAGACCAGCUUCUAACUCACGCAGUUUGGGUUCAGAAUCCAUUCUCUUAAACCAAUAGGCCAUACUGUUUUUUCUUCUUAAAUUUUUUAACAUUUUUAAGUGCUUUUUUGGUAUAGAAGUUUUGAGGUAGGAAUUCAACUUUAAUUUUGGAGUGCUUGGCUAGAGGAGGAGCCAGCAAAGGGGAGGAUAAAGGAUUGAUCAUCAAUGUAGUAAUAAAGCAAGGAAUGUGGUGUACCAUGUAGGAUACUGCUGAGAUUUAAGUUGAGGAAAAAUAAUUUGUCAAGAUGGAGUGAAUCUUCCUUUAUGGUAUGUGUUUCAGUGGAAUAUGCUGAAAUAGAAGUCAGAUGGAUACUGUGUGGGAGAUAUGAGAAAAUGGAAACAGUGAGAACAAGUCUUGAAAAGUGGCUGUGAAUAUGAGGUUGAGAGAAGGCUGUCGAACAGGGGGAAAUUACUGUUAUUCUCUAGAAAAAAAUGAAAGAGACUUACAGGUAUUACACAAUGCUGAUAGGAAGGAUUCAAAAUAGAAAAGAGAUUAAAGAAGAUAGAGGAAGACUAUUCAAUGGUGGAAGUUCCUGAAAAUCAAAGAGAGUGGGCCCUAAAGCACAGAUAGAGAGAUUUGCUUUCUAUAGAAGAUGCUCUAUUAUUUCUGGGGUAUAAGAAAAGACAGAUGUACAUGUAAGUGACUUUGUGAGCUUAUUGGUGGGAAGUGAGAGGGUUCCCAUUUGAUUGUAUCUAUUUUUCCUGUAAAGUAGAUGUCCUCUACUGAGUGGAGAGUUAGACGUUUGAAGGGCGUUGGAGAUGUGAAGAGAGGAAAGAAGGUUUGAAUUAGCCAUCAUGGAGAAUAUGGGAAGGAUUGAUGAGAGUAAACUAAGAGGAUUGUUGGACAUUAAGACCCAUUCACUGGAAGGUGUGAUAGGUAUACAGCUGGUUGUUACCAUGGUGAUGGCCAGUGUCAUGCAGAAGAUUAUACCUCACUAUUCUCUUGCUCGAUGGCUACUCUGUAAUGGCAGUUUGAGGUGGUAUCAACAUCCUACAGAAGAAGAAUUAAGAAUUCUUGCAGGGAAACAGCAAAAAGGGAAAACCAAAAAAGAUAGGAAAUAUAAUGGUCACAUUGAAAGUAAGCCAUUAACCAUUCCAAAGGAUAUUGACCUUCAUCUAGAAACAAAGUCAGUUACAGAAGUGGAUACUUUAGCAUUGCAUUACUUUCCAGAAUACCAGUGGCUGGUGGAUUUCACAGUGGCUGCUACAGUUGUGUAUCUAGUAACUGAAGUCUACUACAAUUUUAUGAAGCCUACACAGGAAAUGAAUAUCAGCUUAGUCUGGUGCCUGCUUGUUUUGUCUUUUGCAAUCAAAGUUCUGUUUUCAUUAACUACACACUAUUUUAAAGUAGAAGAUGGUGGUGAAAGAUCUGUUUGUGUCACCUUUGGAUUUUUUUUCUUUGUCAAAGCGAUGGCAGUGUUGAUUGUAACAGAAAAUUAUCUGGAAUUUGGACUUGAAACAGGGUUUACAAAUUUUUCAGACAGUGCAAUGCAGUUUCUUGAAAAGCAAGGUUUAGAAUCUCAGAGUCCUGUUUCAAAACUUACUUUCAAAUUUUUCCUGGCUAUUUUCUGUUCACUCAUUGGGGCUUUUUUGACAUUUCCUGGAUUACGGCUGGCUCAAAUGCAUCUGGAUGCCCUGAAUUUGGCAACAGAAAAAAUUACACAAACUUUACUUCAUAUCAACUUCUUGGCACCUUUAUUUAUGGUUCUGCUCUGGGUAAAACCAAUCACCAAAGACUACAUUAUGAACCCACCACUGGGUAAAGAAAGUAUCCCUUUAAUGACAGAAGCCACAUUCGAUACUCUGCGACUCUGGUUAAUAAUCCUGCUGUGUGCUUUGCGGUUGGCCAUGAUGCGUAGUCACCUGCAAGCUUAUUUAAAUUUAGCCCAAAAAUGUGUGGAUCAGAUGAAGAAAGAAGCAGGGCGAAUAAGCACGGUUGAGCUACAGAAAAUGGUGGCUCGAGUCUUUUAUUAUCUUUGUGUCAUUGCACUGCAGUAUGUGGCGCCUCUGGUAAUGCUGCUUCACACAACUCUGCUUUUGAAAACACUAGGUAAUCAUUCCUGGGGUAUUUAUCCAGAAUCUAUCUCUACCUUACCAGUGGAUAAUAGUCUACUGUCCAAUUCUGUUUACUCUGAAUUACCAUCAGCUGAAGGGAAAAUGAAGCAUAAUGCAAGGCAAGUUCCAGCCUUUCCACCCGGCAUACAAGCUUAUGGAGCAGCCCCCUUUGAAGAUCUCCAGGUAGACUUCACAGAGAUGCCAAAGUGCGGAGAUCUUAUUCCUAGAUUUGGACUGCCCUUACAGAUCAGCUCAGAUAAUGGGCCGGCGUUUGUGGGUGACUUGGUACAGAAGACAGCAAAGUGGAAAGGACCCCAGAUUGUCGUCCUGACCACUCCCACUGCUGUGAAGGGAGAGGGAAUCCCAGCCUGGAUCCACCACUGCCAUGUAAAACCUGCAGCGCCUGAAACUUGGGAGGCAAGACCAAGCCUGGACAACCCUUGCAGAGUGACCCUGAAGAAGACGACAAGCCCUGUUCUAGUCACACCCGGAAGCUGACUGGUCCACGCAUGGCCGAAGCAUGAGGAAGUUCAUCGUGGAACUCAUUUUUUUAAAUUUUGGACUUGUAUAGUAAGGACUUCAACUGACCUUCCUCAGACUGAGGUGUUGAUUUUGCUUGAGAAGAUUGAAGGUCUUGACAGAAGUUGUGGAUUUCAGUUUUAACAAAUGCGUUUUAAGUGGAAGAGCAUUUUCCUGGUCUUGUCCCUCCAGUUUGAGAAUUAGAAGUGCCAUGUUUAUGAUUAUUCAGCUGUAUUUGUUGUUAACUUGUAAAGCAAUACAAACAUUUUUUGGUCUGUUUGACUGAAUUUGUCCCACAACUCACUGUUGCUCUGUUCAUUUUUUUCCAGGUUUCUUUUUUCUUUCUGUGUUUCAUUUUGGAUAGUUUUUAUUGCUAUGCUAUGUUUUCUAUUUGUCUUUUUAUUUUUGGCAGCAUCCUUUCUGGUAGUUAACUAAUUCAGUGAGUUUUUCGGUCUCAGACAUUUUAGAAAACCUUUAGAACUAAGUUCAAAUUGAGUCUUUAAAAAUAUGUUUAUGCUUUCCUCUACUUUCUUGAACAUAUAAAAUAUAGUUAUAAUAGCAGAUUCAA